UCAUAUGCUGUGCGGUCCUGGCUGAAAGCUGUACCCCGGAACGUGUAUUCAUUUAGGUCUGGUCUUCAUCCGGGAUUGGAUUGCCUAAUGUAAUCUGGGCAGUUUGCUAUCAUUUCGGUUUCCUCUGACGGAUCACUCAAAUACCAUAACCGGCUAUAGCAACGGAGCUGACCACCAAUAACUAAAGUCAGGUUUUGUCGUUUUGUUCUUUUUUGGAGGUGAAAAUAUAUUUGGAUUUUAUAAUGGCGGAUUAUCAAGAAGACAACUGCUUUGAAACUGUAGCCUAAAAGAAACGCGUCUAUUCGUCGGCUAUAUUUUGAUCAUAUCAAGAAAGCAACAUGUGUGCUGCAAAUAGGCUGUGUUUAUGAGCAAUAGACGAGGGUAGUAUAUUUUAAAUUUGCCAUACAUUUCUUACUCGAAUCGUCACAAUCCAGGAAGAGACCAACGGAUGUAUCAAAAUGACCCAACGCCAAGCCGAAAAGCUAACGGUUACUUCAUAUCUGAUUUAACCAGCUAAAAUAUAUACUCUCUGUGAUUAUUGUUUUCUUCUGACGUUAUCCCCGAAGAGACAACAACUCUGAAAUCGUUUUUGUUUUUUCUCAGUCUCGCUAACUUGGCUUUCUUUCAUAGUAUUUUGUAUUUCAUAUUAACAUUUCAAAUUUGGGAUCUUUUAACUUGAACUGCAGUGACAAAACAAGUAUUCAUCCAAAAAUGGGAACUCAGGGUACAGGAAGGAAAAGAAUUCCUAACAGGGAAAGAUUGUCGGCAGAAGAUGAUGCCUUAAAUCAAAUAGCCAGAGAGGCUGAGGCACGGCUCGCAGCGAAGAGAGCAGCACGUGCAGAAGCUCGGGAGAUCCGCAUGAAGGAGCUGGAGAGACAACAGAAAGAGAUCUAUCAGGUCCAGAAGAAAUACUAUGGCCUGGACAACAAAUGGGGUGACAUUGAGCAGUGGAUGGAAGACAGUGAGAGGUACUCGCGCCACUCACGGAGAAACACUUCGGUCUCAGAUGAUGAAGAGCGGAUGUCCGUGGGGAGUCGAGGCAGUUUAAGGUCGGACCUGAACCCCGCGGGAGCCUACGCAGGGGCGAGUGUCGGGGAAUCCUCUCAUUCACACAAGAAGUCCAAGAAAAAGAAAAAGAAGCACUCCCGCUCCAGCAAUGGCUAUGAGGAUGAUUACAGCAUAAUGUCCAGUCGGAGCUCAAGGAUGAGUGACGAGAGCAAGGCGUCCCGGCCGUCUCGACUCGACCUGCAGCUGGGAAACUACAGCUCCUCUGACCUGUACAGUACCAACAGCCUUCCCUCCUCCAGACUGCCAAGCUCCGCCCAGAACGGCUCCAGGCCAGCCCUGCUGUGUAGCGACGCCCCGCACUCUCGAAGUCUCAGGGGCUCUUUGUAUGAGGACAGCUUGCACAGCGGCACGCGACGGUUUAGUGGCUCCAGCUCUCGUGCUCCGUCAGAGUACAGCGGCUUUCUGGGGUCCAACUCCCGCGCUUCUUCCAGGGCCAGCUCUGCCCGCGCCAGCCCAGUGGAGGAGUCCGGCUCAGUGGCCAGUUUCCUGCGCAGUGCGGCCGGUGGAAGCAGCGCCAUGAGGAGCUUAGAUGACAUCAGCAUCCCGGACCUGCCGGACGUGGAAGAGAGGUCGGACAGAGACUUUCUGGAAAAGGGGUCCCGGACCGCUUCCACCCUUUCGGCCGCGACCCUCGCCUCGCUGGGCGGGACUUCCUCCCGGAGAGGAAGUGGCGAUACCUCCCUCUCGGUCGACACGGAGGCCUCCAUUCGGGAGAUCAAGGAAAUUCAUGAGCUGAAGGAUCAGAUUCAGGAUGUGGAAGCCAAGCACUUGCAGAACCUGAGAGAAGCCAAGGACUCGCUGGUGGAGGUGGAGGAGAAGUACCGGAAGGCGAUGGUGUCCAACGCCCAGCUGGACAAUGAGAAGUCCAAUCUGAUGUACCAGGUGGACACUCUUAAGGACUCCCUUAUGGAGCUGGAGGAGCAGCUGUCGGAGUCUCGCCGAGAGUUUGAGGAGAAGGCCAAGGACUUUGAGCGUGAGAAGCAUGCCCACAGCAUGCUGCAGUUCCAGUUCAGCGAGGUGAAGGAGACCCUGAAACAGAGCGAGGAGCUGCUGACCGAGAUCCGCCAGCUCCGAGCAAAGCAGGACGGCUUUGCCAGGGAGAUCUCUGACCUGCAGGAAACAGUGGAGUGGAAGGAUAAAAAGAUUGGGGCCUUAGAGAGGCAGAAGGAGUAUUCUGAUGCAAUCCGGGAUGAGCGGGAUGAGCUCAGGGAUGAGGUGGUCAAACUGAAAGAUGUUCUAAAGAAACAUGGAAUAGUACUGGGAGCUGAGCUGACAACCAAUGGGGAAGCAGGAGAGGGUGUAAUCGACGGGCCGGCCAAUGCGGACUCUGCCACAAGAUUGGGUCAGGACCCCCAGACUCCCCAUGUGGGCGGCGACGGCAUGCUAGGCAAAGUCAAGGAGGCACAGCUUGGAGGUAGAGAUGUCGAGGUGGUGGACAGUGGAGUGGCCUUGGACAAAGCCAAGAGCCCGGCAGUUCAACUACAGAAAAGGCAGCAAGGGCAGACAGAAUCUCUAGAGGAGUGUGAUGGCAAAAUGAUUCCAGACCACCCAAGUGAAGAAUGUGUGUCUUCACAAACCAGCCAUGGUGAAAUAGCUAAAAGAGAGUCUCUGGAGAAGGCCCAGUCUGACUCAACCAGGAGCGAUGAUGAGAUCGCACCUGUUGACUCAGAGCACAAUAAUGAUAUCGGGCCAAAUGCCUGCCCCCACAGCACUGCAGAGUCUGAAUCCAGGCUUGGCUGCCAACCUGAGGUGAAGGUGGUUAUAACAGGGCCUGAGGAAGAGAUGACAGGAGAAGAGGAAUGUGUAGGAAAUGGCACAGAUAAGGGAGAGAAUGAGGUCAUUGAUGAGAGGUCAGAAGAUGUCGGUGAAAGAUAUAAUAGUGCUGGGUCAGGAGAGGGGGAAAGUGCCGCUGAGAAUAAUCUAGAAUCCAGAUCACUUAGUGAAGCAAUUGUGAAGGAAACGUCAGAGGAUGGAGUUGAGUCUGAAAGUCGAAAUGCAGACAUGCUACAGGAGGCUGGCAAGGAGGGCUUAGACAACACAGAACUUGUGGAUGGAUCCAUUCCACAAGAAGGUAUGUCAAAAGAUGCUGAGGAGAGCAGUACACUGGGGAGCCUCAAGAAUGACACAGAUAUAGCUGAAUGCCAAGAUACCUAUCUCAGCCAAGAACAGGAAAGUGAAAGUGUAGUAGAGUUGAGAGACAGGCAAGGGUCAGAGAACAUUUUGGAAACAGCUGCAAUGGCAGGCAGUCAUGUUGACAAGCUUGGGGUCAUGAAUAAUGGAGAGGAUGAAGCGAAGUGUUUGGCUGCAAAGGGACCUGGCACAGUGGAGGCCCCCAAUAUGGAAAUAGGACCAGGGAGUUUCACUGUGGAUUCAAAGGAAUUCAAUGGCCCUGAUCUGAAAGAUGAAGCUCAGUCAGGUGACCUUUUGACCACGGCCUUGACCCAACCUCCGACGGCUCAACAGACCCUACAGAAAGCUGAAGAACCCACCAAGACGCCGCAUCAAGACCGAAGCAGUGCCUCAGGAAAAAAGAAGAAAAAGAAAAAGAAGAAAGGCAAGAAAGGUGGAGUACAAGAGAGUAGCUCCAAAACAUCUGAAAAAGCAGAGGAUGGUGAUGGGGAGAUUCAGGAGAACAGCAUAAGUGCAGUGGGAGAGUUGGUCGAGCAAGCUGAAGUAUCCAGUGAGGAGCACCUUGCAUCAGAAAAAGGGGAGAAAUCUGAGCCGAGCGCUGUCCCUGAAACCCUCAAGGAUGAUUCCACGACCAAGAAAGAGAAUGAAAAUUUACCCUGUGAAGGACAACAAGCCAACAUUGAGGAAACCCAGAUUUUGGCAACAGCAGAUGAAGUUAAGGCUCUGGAGGGCUGUCCAAAGUCCCCAGCUGGUGCUGGGAAUGCCAACAAGUUUGAGAAGGAGGACUCACAGCUGUCAGAGUCUGCUUCUCUGGAGGAAACUCAGGCAAGAAACGACCCAGAGGAGGAUAAGGAAGAACAAAGCCCUCAAACUCAGGAGGCAGAGUCAGUCAACACUGGAGACCCAAAGCUUGACAAUCCAGGUGACCUUAAGGCUGAAAGCGUGCUUGACCAGGAGGUUAAAGGCACAGGUGAAUCAGAGUCUGGCCAUGUGACUAUGGAUAUCGUCACAUGUGUUGACAUGGGUUCUGCCCAAGACCAAAUAUUAGAGGAAAUUGAGAUGGGCACAGGCACAAAUGAGGGGCACCCUCAGGAGAACCAGAGCACCCAGGAAUAUGUUCUCUCAAGUCCAUCCACAGAAACUGAAGAACUGGCUGCGGCACCAUCUGAGGCAGGGACAACUGAGGAUAUUCACAGUGGUCAAGAGGUCAAACCUCUGGUGCAGGAAGAGCCGGCUGGUCCACUUGAUGUUCUUGAAGAAAAUCAGCCAUCUGUGGACAAAUCUGUGGGGCAAGAGAAGGAUGAGCCAGAAGAGAGUAUAGCAACAGCAGAAGAGGAAACUAUUGUUAAAGCACCACACGAGGGCAGUGUGGAGAGUCUGGAUACCCAGGAAUGUGUGCUCUUAAGUCCAUCCACAGAAAAGGAGGAACUGGCUGCCGAGGUUGGGACAACUGAACACAUUGACAGCAGAAAACAGGCGGAAUCACUCGUGCAGGAAGAGCCGACUGGUCCAUCUGACUUUUGUGAAGAAAACCAGCCAUCUGUAAACAACUCUUUGGGGCAAGAGAGGGAGGAGCCGCAGAAUGUGGCAAAACCAGAAGAGGAAGCCAUUGUUAAACCACCACACGAAGGCAGUGUGGAGAGUCAGGGCACCCAGGAAUGUGUGCUCUUAAAUCCAUCCACAGAAAAGGAGGAACUGGCUGCCGAGGUUGGGACAACUGAAGACAUUGACAGCAGCAAAGAGGCUGAAUCACUAGUGCGGGAAGAGCCGACUGGUCCACCCGACUUUUCUGAAGAAAACCAGCCAUCUGUAAACAACUCUUUGGGGCAAGAGAGGGAAGGGCCAGAGAGCAUCAAAACACAAGAAGAGGACGCCAAACAAGAUGGCAGUGUGGAGCAGGGAGAAGAACCUACUGAAGAGGGGCCAGACAUCAAAGAAGAGGGGAAUUAUCCUGUGGAAGAACAUUCUGAAGUUGUGGAAGGACUAGGCACUUCCAGCAGGGAGACAAACUGCCAGGCCUUUGGAAGAGAGAGUGGAGAAUCCGCUGAACGGUAUCUGGUAGACGGCAUAGCAGAUCAGGGUCUGUCCAAAAAAGAGCAACAAGACACUGUGGUGGAACAAGAAGAAAAGGCAGAUGAGGCUGAGCCUCUGCCCCAGGAGGAGGUUGACCGCCAUGAGGAGGAGGAUGAAAACGAGGAAGGAGAAUCAUUUGACUUUGAGGAAGCAGAUUUGUCCUCAGUAGAAGGGACCCUUGAGGAGGAAGCGGCAGGACCAACAUCCAUUGAAGGUGAGGAAGAGCAGGAGGAUGGCAGCAAGGUCGAAAUCCAAACAGGGACCAACCAAGACAAGAACCAGGAGAAUGUGGAACCCCACUUGACUAAACAGGAAGAUCCAGGAUGUGAGCGGGAGGAGGAAGGCAUGGCCAGAGAACAGCUGGAGACGGCGCAGGUCGAUAAGGUGCAAAAUCCAGGAGAUGAUGUAUUUGAGGAAAGGAAAGGUAUGACCGCAGUAGAGGCAUCUGCAGAGAGAAAUGCCACAGAGAGAAUGGGCAGCCAGGAAACAGCGGAAAGUGUAUCACAGAGCAACGAACAACAUGGCAGGAGAGAUUCGUCCAAGAGCAAUAAGAAAGGCAAGGGUAAAGGCAAAGAAGACUGUCGCAUGUCUUAGUCCUACAAAUCCAGGUCCUGCCUGAUCCUUCCCAGAUCACUGAUAUUGUAGGUGGUCACACUUUAUAGCAAGUCUAAUUCAUACAGUCAAAGCAUAGAUGGCAUGUUAUUGGCUCUGAACUUCUACUUUCAACAUCAUGUUUUUACAUAGUAUGCACUAUAUCACUCUGUCAGCCAUUGUGAAGCACUGCAGUUAAUUAGGAAUGAUUUCUAAUGUAGUAAUUCCAUUCUUUUUUAGCAUGCUUUAAGAGAGGGUCUUAUGAUGUUACACUGAAUGUUAAGUAUGUCCUUGUAGGACCUACUUACAAUAGCAGCAUAUCCACCGCAAAAUGUUUACAAUUAUCAGAACUGUUAAAAAUGGCCAUUAUCCAUUAUUACUAUUAGUUGUUUUAGGUUACCCUUAAACUCUUGUAUUGUCAGGUUUUUGACAGAAAAUGUUGUGUUUUCAUUGUUCCUAUUUGCUUCUUGCAGGAAGUAUUGCAUUUGGUUCAAGUUUGAUAUUUAGUAACACUUUUUUAAUGAAAAAGGAUAGCUAUACUAAGAAGUGCACCUUUGAGCCUGACCUUAUUCACUUUCAUUUCACUCUUUAAUGUUUUACCAAUAAAUUGUGCAUUUGUGUCAUACAUAUUCAUGACAUUGAUGAGGUAAUAUGCUGUGCAGAAAAUCCUCUUUAAUGUAUCUGAUUAUUUCUCAUGAAUAUUUACAUUAUAAAGAUUGGUAAAAAUUUAAAUAAACUUAAAUGAGUCACAGUGAUUGUAUUUUAGUAAGGAUUGUAAGGAUAAUAUACAACAUGUGAUGUAUUUAUUUUGUAUUUAUAUUGGUUACUUAUCAGGCUGUCUGGUCACUCUUGUAAAGUGUAUGGUUAUUCGUCUGCAAAUGCAAUGCUAGCCACUUGGUUUUGUUUUAGCUGCGUUGGGUUUGAGAUGCACCUGCUCUUGGACCUUGGGGCUGCAGUUCUUAGUUCUGCUACUCAACCUUAACUCAUUCUAAAACUAUAUUAAUUUUUAUUUAAAAUCAACAGAUAUAAUAACUUUUCUAAAAAUAGCAUGCAAAGUCCCCAGUUUUAUGUUAAAGAGAUCUCUAGACUAUGAGCAGUAUUUUGAAACACUUUCAGUGUUCUGUGACAGCAAGAAAGAACACUACUGACUGAAUAUUGGAGAAUAGCUAAUUCAGAUAUACAGUGCUCCUGCUUAAUAGACAACAAGGAACAGUGUCAAUACAUGUAAUGUACCACAGCCUCUUUAGAAAAGAAUUGCUUUAUGGUAAAAAUACAAAUUGGAGAACAUUUUUAAAGCACCAUUUGCAGGCACUUUUAAUCCAAAGCGACACCAAAGUGCAUGCAUUUCUCAACAAGUGAAAACAUCUAUAUAGUGUAGUGCAGCAUCAACUUUCUUCUCUGUUUGACAACAUGAAAACAUGACACAGAAUUGAAUUGUUUGUUUUCAAGCUUACACAUGGGCAUUGAUGCAGAUAAGUUUCCGAGAAGGGUCACUGAUCACGUAAAGUUCUUCUACUUCACCAAAGUUGUAACAGCUUGAAAUACAUUCUGUUCUCUGUGCAAGAAAUAUAUAUUUAUGUUGAAAUAAAGCAUAAGGGUUUUUUGUG